AUGGCGGCAAGCAAACGAGUAUUGUAUGUGGGUGGGCUGGCAGAGGAGGUGGACGAGAAGGUUUUGCAUGCGGCUUUUAUCCCUUUCGGUGACAUCACGGAUAUCCAAAUACCAUUAGACUACGAGACUGAGAAGCACAGAGGAUUUGCAUUUGUUGAAUUUGAACUGGUUGAGGAUGCUGCUGCAGCUAUUGAUAAUAUGAAUGAAUCGGAACUUUUCGGCCGGACAGUUCGCGUAAACAUCGCCAAGCCAAUGCGAAUCAAGGAAGGAUCCUCUCGACCAGUGUGGUCGGAUGACGACUGGCUGAAAAAGUUCUCAGGAAAGACUUUAGAAGAAGCUGAGAUCGAGGCAACGGGAGAAGCAGCCAAGACUGCUGCACCAGAGGCGGAGCCUCCUGCUAAAAAGGGAAGAACCAAUCCACAGGUCUAUAUGGAUAUCAAGAUAGGUAAUAAGCCUGCCGGGAGACUCCGCUUCCUCCUUCGGGCUGACAUUGUUCCCAUGACAGCAGAAAAUUUCCGUUGCUUGUGCACACAUGAAAAAGGAUUUGGCUACAAAGGGAGCAGCUUUCAUCGCAUCAUUCCCCAGUUCAUGUGCCAAGGCGGUGACUUCACCAAUCACAACGGCACUGGUGGAAAGUCCAUAUAUGGCCGGAAAUUUGACGAUGAAAACUUUGUCCUCAAACACACGGCUCCAGGGCAGCUCUCCAUGGCCAACUCUGGAACCAACACCAAUGGCUCCCAGUUCUUCAUCACUACUGACAAAACAGACUGGCUGGAUGGUAAACAUGUGGUGUUUGGAGAGUUGGUGGAAGGGAUUGACGUGCUUCGUGCAAUGGAGGCUCAGGGGACAAAAGAUGGGAAGACAAAGCAGAAAGUCUUAAUCUCAGACUGCGGCGAAUGCGUCUAA